AGCAGAUCCCAUAAGUCGUGGCCACAGAUCCACUGAUCCCAUGAGUCAUCCGAUGGCCUCGUCGUCAUCGCAGCCGCAGACGUCUUCGGGUCAGUCGUCUUCGUCGCACCAAUACGUGAGCCAACACUCGGCGCCCAACGCUUCCGGAGGUCACCACUCGUCGCAACACUCGUCCGAAGGCCACCAUUCGGGCCAUUCCUCCAGAGAGUCGGUCUCGUCGUCCCGGGGCUCAAGACAUUCGUCCUCAUCGCUCACCACUGGUAUUAUCCGCACUCAGACCGCGUGGUUCCAGAAGAAAGUCCACUUACGGCCGGUGCUCAGGGGCUGUCACCUCGUCACCGACGAGCUCACCAAACAGAUCCCGGAGCUCAACGAAUUCCAGUGUGGCAUCUGUCACAUCCACAUAAUGCACACAUCGGCGAGUUUGGCCAUUAAUGAGAAUUGGGAUCCAGACGUUCGCGAAGAUAUGGAAAUGUUUCUCUCGAGACUUAUUCCUGAAACCACUCCAUUCCGUCACUCGUGUGAAGGACCCGACGAUAUGCCGGCGCACAUCAAAGCCUGUUUUCUGGGCUCAUCCCUAACCAUACCAGUGAGUGACGGCAAACUGAACUUAGGCACGUGGCAGGGGGUCUGGCUCUGUGAACACCGCAACCGCGCCGGCAGUCGCAAAGUGACGGUCACUAUUACGGGCGCACUAAAGCCCGGCGCGUGAUUACUGUCCACAACAUAAGUUACAAAUUGCGACAAAUGUUUAGUU